AUGCGGUCUUUUCGAGCGGUGCAGCGGCUGAACAACUGCGUCCCGUGCCUCUGCACGAGGGAUGCCUUUCAGAGGCCGCCGCUGCAGCGCCGACUCAUCAUCGCAAAGGCCCCAGCGUCACAUUCUACAAUAUCGAAUGCCACAGCCGGCAUCGGUAUGGAGAUGCAGGCAAAGGGAUUUCACCACUCCACGCCUAACUUCAACACCGCCGAGUUCUCCGAAAUGGGUGACCUUGCUGACUUGGCAAACGACAUUGUGACAGAGAACGCCGUCGGUAUAGACUUUGUGCGCGAUAUCUACGGGCCGUGGCUGGUCAUGACUGAAGACCUGCAGGGUGAGCUCUUUGUCGAUCACGAUCGCUUUGUGUACUAUCGCCCGGCCAACGGGCUAGGCUACGGCAUCGGCAAGCUGCAAGUGCUCGAUGCAGGGGCCACCGGCACGGCCUUCACCUGCCAACUGGAAACCUACAGCUACCAGCCGAUGGACACAGUGGUGCCUCAGUAUGGCCUCACCUUCGACAUUACUGGAAUGGUGAAGCGGGUGACAGCCAAGUCGUCCGACUACACGACGUUCUCUCUGGGUGGGGUAUGGCGCCGCAACAACCGCAACAGCGACGCCCCCGCACUGCUUCCAUCUCAGCGGAGGGGCAGCGGCACUGCGGUCGCGGACGCCUCUGCUUCCCCUACGUCAGAAAAUCUCAGCAACCAAAAUGCGCGUGGCGAGUCGUGUGAAAAGAUGAGUGGUCAGUUCAAUGCAGCAAAACUCUCCCCAUGGAAUCCCUCGGCUGCCGCGAAGCCAUUUGAGCCGAAUGCGGAGCUUCAAAACGUGUUUGCGCAGGUGUUCCCAGAGCGUCUUCGGGUGGAAUCGCACGUACGGCGUGCCGAGGCGAGACGGCAGUCGCAGGCGGCGCGCCAUCUCGCUGGCUCUGCCGGUGAGCCUCCCUCGCUGCACCUCGACCUUGCUCCAUACGCUGUGGGCAACAUUCCGGGCAUCUACUACAUUCCGGACUACAUCUCAGUCGCCGAGGAGGCGCAGAUCCUCGCGUUCAUUCAGCGGACACCGCAGGAGCUCAAAUCGAAGCUGACCAAGCGCACUUGUCAGGAGUGGGGUUGUACUAUGUGCGAGAGCUGCCAAAAGAGCUUCGUGAGCGAUGCCAAUAUGCCGCCCUGGGUGCAGGACUUCACUGACAUGCAGGUUUACGACGGUCUCUUCACGCCAACCACGUUCCCGAACAGCGUGCGCGUCCACGAGUACCAGCAAGGCGAGGGCAUUGGUCCGCACUGCGACGGCCCCAUCUACGUGCCAAUGGUGACUGUCCUUUCCCUGGCUUCGUCGUGCCUCAUGAGCUUCUACCCAAAGCGGCCACUUUACGAGAACCACCCGAUGGACCACUACAACGACACCUUCAAGUUUGCCGAGGGUGACAUUGGUAGGCGAGUGCCACUGCAGAGUGUGGUGAUGGAGCCCCGGUCGCUGCUCAUCUUCUCAGGGGAGGGCUACUACCAUUACCCCCAUGGGGUCUCUGACAAGGCCGAAGACGUGCUGGCGCCGGGGGUUGUGGGCGAGGUGGUAAAUCGCCGUUUUUUGGGCGAUCCGAAUGUGCAGUCGAUCCCGCGGACGUACCGAGCGAGCAUCACCACGCGUAAUUUGAUGACGCGCUGCGGCCACCAGCCGGCGCGAGCCGAGUACGCGAUGAAGCGGGCUUGGUAUCUGUACAAUCGUCUUCCGAUUCCAAGUGAGCUGUUCACACCGCUGCCGCUCUCGCCGCAGUCUGCCGGCGUAUCCAUCGGGACUAGCUCUGGCGCUCGAGAGGCACGCGACUUGAGCGCAACCCUGUCGACUGAGAAGCGUGUCGAGAGCUCCUCUUCCGCGCCUCUCCCGUCGGGAAGCUCUGCCGUGGAUACGGGGUUGCGUAAGGCUAUAUAUGAGCUGAGGACAGGUCAGGAGCAACUCCGCAACAGCGUCGAGGAGCUGAAGCAGCUCGUAGCGUUCUCCAUCCCCGCUCAGACCACCUUUCAGACAGAGGCGGCUACCAUCUUGAACCACCUCUCUUCCUCGGUUCUGCAGCUGGAGAGCAAGGUGGAUGAUCUGUUUGAGGAGGUGGGGCGUGGGAAGCGCAAAAGUUUGACAGACACGUGA